AUGAGUCAAGAAUCAAGAAAUGGUAUGAUUAACUGGCUAGAAAUUGUUGAAGACGUAGGAGGUGAAAUGACAUGGAUAACACAGCCUAAAAAUUUUCCAGCAAGAAAAGGCAAACAACAGAAAACCAAAAAUUCAAAAGAGAUAAUCGAAAUUAUUUUAGCAAAGGAAUCUGUGCAGAAAGUUUUAAAAGAAGAAUGUGUCAAUCGUUGUAUCUCAAGCCAUUUGCUAUUCGAUCAUUCGAGAGAAAUAUUAGGCAGCAUGACACAUCAAAUGCAAUUGUCAGUGCUAAAGUCAGUCGGUUAUGUUGUUGCAAAAACAAUUAAAACUAUAUACGAUGGUGUUCACUUUAAUGAUGAGCAGUUAUCAAGAAUACGGGAGUAUGCUAUGGAUGAUCCAAUUAUUUUUAUUCCAACACAUAGGAGUUACAUGGAUUUCUUGAUUGUUUCUCUUCUUUGUUUUCAUCGCAAUAUUCCUCUCCCAGUUAUAGCUACUGGAAUGGAUUUUAUGAGUUCAAAAUUUUUGGGAGAAAUCUUACGCCGCUGUGGAUCCUUUUUUAUGAAACGACGGUUUGGAAAGGAUAAACUCUACUGGUCUUUAUUUUCUGCUUAUGUUCAGACGCAGUUACUUGAAACAGAUAAUUCAAUCGAAUUUUUCUUAGAAGGUGCUCGAAGCAGAUCCGGCAAAAGUCUUUAUCCUAAAUUUGGCUUGCUGCAAACAUGUAUCGAGCCAUUUUUACGUUUUCAAUUAUAUGAUAUAAUUUUCGUGCCUGUCACUAUAGACUAUGAUAAAGUUUUGGAGGAAUCAUUGUACGCUUAUGAACUUUUUGGUUUUCCUAAACCGAAAGAGACAACUACUGGACUGUUCAAGGCGCGCGAAAUUCUUUGCAAACGUUUUGGUCAUAUUUAUGUGAAAUUUGGAGAACCAUUAUCCAUACGAAAAUAUUUUGAAGGAAAAAUCACUCGGUGCCUUGCACCAUGGCAGGUGCAAAAUGAUAAUGGAUUAUCUUUUAAAGAAAAAGAAGUCGUUAAAAACUUUGCAUUCCAUAUCAUACGUAUGCACAAUUCAAAUAGUACAAUAACCAUUUGGCCAUAUACCUGCUUCAUAUUGUUGCAGAUGAAAAAUGAACAGUAUCUCAGCUUAACAUUUGACAGACUUAGAAUUUGCUUAGAAGACCUUAUUACAUUGGUCAUAAAAAUGGGACGUCAAGUUUUAAUUAAAGAAAGUAUUACUGAUGACUUAAGAACUUAUUUAAAAUUACACUGCGCACUCUUCGAAACUUGUGGGAUACCUCAUAGUUCAUUUAUCAAGUUAAGGAAAUUCAAAUGUGUAGGAAGCGAUGAAAGCAAUAGUUUAAAGAAAAAUUACAUAGAAGAUAUGUUAUGUGAAACCAUUUUGUCACAUUAUGCUAACAAGAUGAUGCAUAAUAUUGUUGAUGUAAGCUUAUUGUGCCUCGUCCUGUUAUCAAAUCAAAUGCUUCCAAGCGUUGAAUAUAUGUUCAAGCAGCUGAGAUUACUGUUUGUGUAUGAAUUCGUUUGUGUGCCACAAGAAGAAUAUAUAGAUAACUUCUUCAAAGAAAGCCUCAGUUCCUUGCUGCAUAUUUCUACUAUUUCAUUAAACGAUAAUCACAUCCUUUUGAAUGAGGAACAUACUCUAAAACAAAUCGCAUCCUUUCUACAGCCAUUUAUUGCAAAGUACUACCGUGUGAUGCAAGCGUUAGCACACUUAACAGGUUUUCCAUUCACUGAUAGGAUACUUUUCGAAGAAUCGUUAAAUCUCGCUAUAAAUUUCCAUGUGAGACAGCAAAGUAACCAUUCAUUCCAGUCAGUCUGCAUCACAAUGGACAUAGUUCGAAAUGCUAUAGCGGGAUCUUGUGGACUGGAAAUAACACGCAGAAUCAACGAAACGCAGUUUGAUGUCGUCAAUGUCCAUCGCUUGCAGAAUAUUAUGGAGCUUCUAGAAAGUACUACUAUGGUUAAACUUUCAUUCUGUGAUCAUUUGCUUGUUUCCAAAAUAUGA